AAUGGCAAAGACAACUUGUGCAAAAGCUCUAUAAAAUUGGGAGCAAGAUCAUCCAGGUGAACAACCAUCUGAAGCAGAAGACAUUAGAUUGAUAUUCUAAAAUCCACCUCUUGACAAAUUGGAUCCUCCAGUUUUAAAUACAUUAGCUAAAGUUAAACGUUUAUCCCUUUCUUCAAAUGCAAUAGAGAAAAUGGUCAAUCUUCCUGGUUUAAGACAGAUAGAAAUCCUGUCGUUAUCGAGAAAUAAUAUAAAGAAAAUAGCUGGAUUAGAAGAAAUAGGAUAAACAUUAAAAGAAUUAUGGUUGAGUUAUAAUUACAUUGAAAGACUUGAUGGUCUACAACCAUGUGUUAAAUUGCAUACACUCUAUAUUGGUAAUAAUAGAAUCAAGGUCUGGGAUGAGGUUGAUAAAUUGAAAGAUCUUCCUGAAAUUGCCAAUGUUCUUUUUAUAGGUAUUUCUCUAAUUUUUACAAAAAAGGAAAUCCUAUAUAUGAAAACUAGAAAGAUGAUCCUAAAUUGCUUGUUCUUAAAAGAAUAAACACCUUAAAAAAUGUAGAUGGUACUGUUGUUGAUGACUCAUUAAUGGAAAAAGUUAAAGCUUUGGGAGAUGGAGUCCCUACAACCACUGUCAAAUGACG